AUGGCGUCGUUCUGCCUGGUGGCACAUGCCGGAUGUGAUCCUGUUAUAAGUUGUGCAGAUUUUUUUUUUGACCCGAUUCCAAGCCAGGAACCAGUAGUUUCAGGGGAAGAACAGGCCGAUAAUGAUUACCUCAUAAAACCCCAGACCUUCACGCCCUCUCUAGACACCUCUCAUUGGCCUAUUCUCCUAAAAAACUAUGACCGCCUCAAUGCGAGAACAGGCCAUUACACCCCAAUCCCCUCUGGUUUUUCUCCAUUGAAGCGGCCAUUCGAAGAGUACAUUCGUUAUGGCAUCAUAAACCUCGAUAAACCAGCGAACCCAUCUUCUCCUGAGGUGGUGGCAUGGAUAAAACGCAUCCUGAGGGUCUCGAAAACUGGCCAUAGCGGAACUCUCAAUCCCAAGGUCCCUGGUUCAUUGAUAGUCUGCAUUGAUAGAGCUACCCGCCUUGUGAAAUCUCAGCAAGGGGCGGGGAAGGAAUAUGUUUGCAUAGCUAGGCUCCAUUCCUCUGUUCCUGAUGUCGCAAAGGUAGCUCGAGCUCUCGAGACCCUCACUGGCGCGCUUUUCCAGCGCCCACCAUUGAUUUCGGCAGUGAAAACACAGCUUAGGAUUCGAAUCAUCUAUGAAAGCAAGCUCCUCGAGUACGAUAUGCAAAGACACCUAAAGUAUUAA